AAAACAGAAGACGAACGCGAGGAAGCUGUGUGUGUUUUUGCAAUGGCUAGCUAGCAUUUGCUAGCUUCAAAUCAUCCAAAACAGAAGGAUAACGCUGCAGUUUGUGCAUCAAGUACAAGAACAGUCUCUCCGGCAUAUUAAGCACACCAAGCGGCUCUUUCAUGGCGUCUCAUCGUCGCGGUCACUGGUGACGAUCGGUUUGUGGGGAGGAGAACCACCGAACCUUUUCCUUCAUUGUCUCGUCGCCAAACGCGACCCGACCGAACUCGAGCAGCGAUGCCGCUGGGUCUCAAACCAUGCUGUUCUGUCUGCAAGACCAACUCCUCGUCCAUGUGGAAGAAAGGAAGCCAAGGAGAAAUCAUGUGCAACAACUGCUCGGUGAAAAACAGCAGUGGAGGUGGAGGGGGACCUCCGGGACCUUCGGGACCCUCCACGUCCUCCAAUACUCAGCCCAGCAAUGGUGGAGGCAAGCAGUCCAAACAGGAGAUCCACAGGAGGUCCGCCCGGCUGAGAAGUACCAAGUACAAGGCCCCCGCGUCUGAGAAGAAGGUGUCCACCAAAGGCAAAGGGAGAAGACAUAUAUUUAAGCUGAAGAAUCCAAUCAAAGCUCCGGAAUCCGUGGCGACCAUCAUCACCGCUGAGUCUGUCUUUUACAAGGGUGUGUUCUACCAGAUCGGGGAUGUGAUCAAGGUGAUAGACGAGGAGGACGGGAAGCCGUACUACGCUCAGAUACGAGGUUUUGUGCAGGACCAGUACUGCCAAAAGAGCGCAGCGCUGACUUGGCUCAUCCCCACCCAGGCCAGCCCCAAAGACCAGUUCGAUCCCGGCACCUUCAUCAUCGGUCCGGAGGAAGACCUCCCGAGGAAGAUGGAGUACCUGGAGUUUGUGUGCCACGCCCCCUCUGAAUAUUUCAAGUCACGGAGCGCCCCCUUCCCCACCAUUCCCAUCCGACCGGAGAAGGGAUACAUCUGGACCCACAUCAGCCCGACCCCCACCCUCACUGUUAAAGAGUCAGUGGGUGGGGCUAGUUAGCAGCACGCUAGCGAACAUGGACUCUUUUUUUUGUACAUUUGUGUGUUAAUAAUGUCUAAAAAACAUUGGGACCAUCCGUCGUAGCCGAUGGAGGAAAGACAUGGGCUAACAUCAUGUAGCUACAUGCUAACAUGGGCUAACAUCAUGUUGCUACAUGCUAACAUGGGCUAACAUCAUGUUGCUGUGUGCUAACAUGGGCUAACAUCAUG